UGUCUAUACCUCUAUACCUCUAUAUUGUGUUCUUCAUAAGCCUGAGAUGCAAACAUGUUUUCGCACCAUACCACAACCUAAGAUAUAUAUCUUGGAGGGUACUGUACAGAAGGUCUUGAAGGAAUGGAAGAAGAAAUCACUUUAAAUGGACGGGCUUCGUAUCAAGAUACAUGCAGUAACAGGUAGCCCAACGAGGGAUCAUAUAAGAAUAUACAUCAGCUUCCGACUGUACCUGAAAUCGCAGUCGGACAUUGUUGCCGGUCGCAAACGAUCCGAGGCAGCACGUUCCGAGCUCGGCUCCACCUUGGGGCGUUCUCUUUGCGCGACUGUCGGAGACCGACACUCUUCCACCUCUGAACAGGUCGUCGAUGAUGCUUUCUGUCAUCUGUCUCGUGCGAGACGAUCGCGGUGUGCUGGAUUGCAGAAUGUGAGGUCAUCACGCGUCACACGAGGACAGUCCAUCAAGGAUGAUGCCAGACAGCAUUUGUAGCGAGCAUGUUUGCGUAUUUUCUUUCCAACGCGACCGAAAGCCGUUCAUUCAGGCAGAGCAAUAUCGGACUUAAUUACUCGGUUUUGUAUUGUGGGGUCGAUCUCCGAGAACCUUAACGAAUUCUUUCAUGUCCAUGCAUCAUCAUUGGCCACCGCGGAAUUGGGCGCGAUCAGAUGCCAACGACGACAACGAAACAUAAGCACGCAGAAGCAAAACUGAUCGGGAGCAGGAUUCCGCGGCACUCGAUUGAUAAGCCCGAUCUGGUCUGGCUGGCUUGGCUUAUACAUAAGGAUCAGAUGGAGACGUCAUUAUCUUAUCACGCAAGGUGGAUCCCUCUGGCAAAAUAUUUUCUCCCCAAUUCUCCAGCGAAUUUUUGUCCAGUUCACUCAGGGGUCAUUGACGCAGUCGCUGCCAUCGUCGCAGUCGGUUUGCAGUCGCCAUGGAGGACGAACAGCAGAAGAAUGAGCUGCAGCAGGUCAAGACGAACCAGUCCAUCGCCGACACCUUUUCGCUUCCCCGCGAAGUCGCGUUCGUCAUCAUAGUAUGCAUGUCGCAGUUCAUCACGCAGGCCAAUGUCGGUAUCUGCCUCUCGCCCCUUGACAUUAUCGGCGACCACUUUGGCCUCAGCAAUCCCGGCCAACUCGCCUGGUUCCUCGCCGGUUACUCGCUCACGGUCGGCACGUUCAUCCUCGUCUUUGGCCGCUGCGGCGAUUUGUUCGGGUACCACCGCAUGUUCAUCAUCGGCUUCCUCUGGCUCGCGCUGUGGUCGCUUGUCGCGGGACUGAGCGUCUACUCGAAUUACAUCCUCUUCAUCUUCGCGCGCGUUCUGCAGGGCCUCGGACCGGCCAUGCUCCUCCCCAACGGCCUCGCGAUCCUCGGCGCAACCUACGCCCCGGGCAAAAAGAAGGACAUGAUCUUCGCCCUCUUCGGCGCAACAGCCCCCAACGGCGCAAUCAUCGGUGGCGUCUUCGCCGCCCUCUUCUCCCAGCUCGCCUGGUGGCCCUGGACAUACUGGUCCAUGGCGAUUGUCUCGGUCGUCUGCGCCGCAAUCGCCCACCUCGUCAUCGUCCCCAUCCGCCACCAGAAACCCGCCGAUAACCUCUACACCUCGCUCGACAUCCCCGGCGCAUUCACCGGAAUAACAGGCCUCGUCCUCGUCAAUAUCGCCUGGAACCAGGCGCCGACGGUAUCCUGGGCCGAGCCCUACGUGAUCGUCCUCCUCAUCCUCGGAACCCUCUUCCUCGCCGCCUUCUUCAUCGUCGAGUUCCGCUUCGCAAAACACCCGCUCAUCCCCUUCCACGCCUUCUCCGCAGACGUCUCCUUUGUCCUCGCCUGCGUCGCGACCGGAUGGGGCUGUUUCGGAACAUGGAUCUUCUACUCCUGGCGCUUCCUCCUCGACAUCCGCGGCGCGACGCCCCUCCUUGCUUCGGCCAUGUUCAUCCCCCCUGGAAUCUCCGGCCUCAUCGCUGCAUUCGCAACGGGCUACCUCAUGUCGCGUAUCCGGCCCGCGUGGAUAAUGUGCAUGUCCCUGAGCGCAUUCACCCUCGGCACAGUCCUCAUCAGCAUCGCCCCUGUGCACCAAACAUACUGGGCCCUCACCUUCGUCUCGCUAGUCAUAAUCCCAUGGGGCAUGGAUAUGUCGUUCCCCGCGGCGACGUUGAUGCUCUCGAACGCCGUGAAGAGGGAACACCAGGGGUUGGCAGCGAGUCUGGUCACGACGGUCGUGAAUUACAGUAUUUCUUUGAGUUUGGGGUUUGCGGGGACGAUUGAGAGUCAGAUUACGCAUGGAGAGAAUAAGCAGGAGAGGCUGAGGGGGUAUAGGAGUUGUUUAUAUUUUGCGAUUGGGCUUGGUGGACUGGGUUUGGGGAUUAGUGCGCUCUAUACGCUGAGGAGUUAUACGUGGGGGAGGGAGAAGAAUGCAGAAGAGGAGGAGGAGGAGGAGGGGUAGAGAUAAAAUAGAUUAUAAUGUCUAUAGAUAUAAUACUCGAUUGCAAGACAAUCUAGAUAAUGCUUAUGUUAUUUCAUUGGCCU